UCUAAUCGGGUAGCAUAAAUCAACAAUUGUCCUUGCCUGGAAAUUUCAUUAGUGCUUUUGCUCCACUACAACGUCGGUUUGAAUUUAAGAGUGGAGCAGUUUUGAAUUCAUAUGAAGGGAAAUGGCUGCGGAAAAUAUCAGUCAUGUCAGAUUUGUCUAAAAAAUGGAAUUGUCUAAAAAAUACUUCAAGUUGACAUGUUUUGAAGGCUUACAGGAACUGCUGUCUUGUUUGUUCUUGUUUGUUUUGUGUUAUUUUUGUAGUUUAUAUCGCUAAUAGAAUCAGUUACGUUACGACUAAUUUGUUUUCCCACAAAUAACCCACAUUGGGCUUGGAAAAAUUGGUUGUUUUGUGGCCUUUUAGAUGAAAUUAUGAUUGCAUUUCACCUUAUUUUUCUCUUUUUAUAACUAGACCUUUUUUAGGCUGUGCCGGCAAAGAUAAAGUCAUUUUAUCCGCCACAUUAAAUCGAGCUCAGUCGAAUAAAAAAUAGAUGCACUUUUUUCGAUCAGAAUUACAAGACGUUUUUAUUGCACGAAUAAACAGCUUCUUCGUUCGGUGUUAUAUACUCUUUUCAAGUUUAUUUUCCCGUUUGGAUUAUAAAUUCAGAUCACGUUUUUUCAAGUGCUACUGAGCUAUCUUGGUACCAACAUUGCUUCUCCAUACAAAAUAACAAAGAGAAGAAAUUCUUCAAUUUUCAACAAAAAAGUGGAAAUCCUUCAAAUUCCCCUGCCGUAACACAUCAAUUAUUUUCCACAAGUUUACUAAAAGCAGAUGUAAAAAAUCCCACUUUGUAAUUAACCUGCGCAAAACUCAAAGUAUGAUGACCCAAAAAAUUGCUGCGGAAAAUUGAUAUGUUCUACAAAUAAUGCCAUUUUUGUUGAAUUUUUACAGGCAGCUAAUUUAAAGUAUUCUUCUGCUGCCAAUAAUAUUUAUCCUCAUUAAUUGAAAAUUUUAAUGUAAAAAAUAUCUUUUCUUACAAUAUCCAUCUCUUAAAAGCAUCCAAUUUAUUUUAUUUUGCUGAUUUCCCCGUUCAACUUUUUUUUCUUUUAAUGAGAAAAGUGAGUAAACAUUUCACACCUAGUUUUGACACUUAUAAGUGAGAUUUAAGCUUAAAAAUAAGUAAAUGAAAAAAAGGAGUUAUUUAUAAUUUAACUACUUGAAUUUAUGGUAUAUAGGAGCUUCAUGGCGUUUUGAGACUUUUCUUUUUGAGGUGCUUUUGAUUCAAUUUUGAAGCAAUAGUUAAUUGCCUCCGACCACCCGCUGUGCUACGGUACGUUCCGCCGUCUUAGAUGUGCCCGCUGCUCUGUGGCGUGUCCAUGCAACCCGUCCCUGCUUCUGUAAUUUGCCCCAAUUACCUGCCUACCCUGACUCUAUUCACAUCGACCUUUGGCCCCGGGCUCGCGGUCCAAUUCAGGGUUGCCCCUUUCAGUGUAAAUUUACCCGGCCGCCCUCAAUGGUCGAUCUAAUUCCUGUGUGAAAAGAAAAGAGUUCAUUCAAUUCAAUUUUGACUUCAAGUAACAAAUUGGAAGAAACUGCCUUGACAAUAAAUACCAGCAAACCCAUCCUUCUAUAAAAAACCACCAAAGCAUCCAUCAUACCUACCCUAUAUACUAGUUCAUACCUGUCUCUUGUUCCAGUUAUUUGCUAAAAGAAGUACACCGCCAUUUCCAACAUUAAAAUUUACCCAUUCUUACCAAUUUCUUACCAUAAUUCUCUCCAUAUUCAUUCCACUUUUCUACCUUCCAAAAUCUCGGCGUAAAUUUGGUAAACCUUUAUAAACUCAAAUUACUAAAGUUUUAUUUCUCGAGAUUGAUGCAGAAUUUGGCCUUUCUUUUUCAUUAUUCGACCAUUUCCCAGCCUUAAGCAAUUUAUACGCCCCUUUUAAUUCACAAAAAAAUCUUUUCUUUCAAAUCCAUUUUAAUUCCUAUUAUGCAUAUGGUCUUAAUACCGAAGUCCAGAGUAUAGAUGACAAAACCAGACCAAUUUAUAUCUUACUUAGUAUUUGAAUACCGCCCCUGAAGUAAGUACUGCUUAUUCCGACUUAAGAGGAUAACUCUGCAUUGCAUAACCCUGCGUUUCCAAAGACACCAAUAAAACUCCCCCCUACUUUGGAAGAUGUUCUUUGUUUCGUUCUUACGCCAAUCAAUAUUUUGAAAUUACUUGAAUAAUUCAUCGGUCAUUAUUACGAGGACAAGGAACAAUAUGGUUAAUAUUCGUUUUAUUAACUGAAAUAAAAACAAUUUUAUUACUUUCGCUUUUAACCCUUCAAACCAGCCUGCGUCAUAGUUCCAAUAUAAUUAGUCAAAAAGUGAGUUCAAUUUUUAUACCCUUUUGCCUUCAAAAUGAAAAUUUAUUUCGCUCUGUCAGUUCGAACGUCCAGUUAGCUGAUUGUAAUUUAUUAAUAAUUUGCUAGGCUGACAGUUUUUCUAACUGGUUAUAGUUAGUAGUUGAUUAUUACCAGACGACUUUAAAUUCAAUUUUGAAUGUUCUUAUCAUCAGGAGACGAAGAAAUUAAGCAGAAAUGAUAGCGCAUAUUCUGAAAGCACUCAUUUCGGUCCAGUCGGCCAAUGACGGGGACUGGAAUGACAGACUAAACCACAGAUACUCAUCCGUUCUCCUACUUGUGCUGGCCAUUCUGGUGUCUACCAAACAGUAUGUCGGUGACCCGAUCAACUGCUGGACUCCAGCCCACUUCAGUCGAGAGUGGGUGGAGUACACUAAUAACAUCUGCUGGAUCUCAAACACCUACUACCUCCCCUUCGACGACAGUGUCCAGUCAGGGAAGAAGCUGCGACACGAAAUACCCAUCCGAUAUUACCAAUGGGUGCCAAUCCUUCUGGCCAUGCAAGGCGUCUUCUUCUAUCUUCCAAGAACAAUCUGGCGGGGCAUUUGCAUCUCAACCGGCCUGGACAUCGACAAAAUAGUAAACACAGCCUCCACAUUCGAAUCAGUGCUAAAUCCAGACUUGUGGACUAAGACAGUCAAAUAUCUGGCCAAACACUUUGACCGAUACUUCGACAGUCAGCGAGACGUCGGCUUAGGAUUCUUCGGCCAUUUGCGCGUUACUCUUUCUAGAAUAUUCUGCGUUAUCUCGAAACGCUACGGCAACUAUCUUUGUUUACUUUACUUGUUUAUCAAAGUCUUGUACAUUAUCAACAUCUUCGGCCAGUUGUUUUUCCUGGGCGAGUGGCUGGGUGCUGGAUACCACUCGUAUGGUCUGGAAGUACUCAGCGACAUUCUCAACCGACGAGACUGGACCGACAAAUCCCGUUUUGCCCGAAUCACUUUGUGUGAUUUCAAAAUUAGAACAAUUGGAAACGUACAAUCAUUUACUGUGCAAUGUGUUCUCAGCAUCAAUUUGUUCAACGAAAAAAUCUACCUUUUCAUUUGGUUUUGGCUCAUAUUUGUCGGAAUUGCCACUCUGGUUAAUUUUUUCGAGUGGGUAGUCCGAACUAUUUGCUUCAACGACCGGCUGGGCUACAUCAAAAAACACCUCAAAUACAUGGAUCGAUACAAUACAGCAGAAGACAAAAAAAUGUGCAAGCGUUUCGUCAAUUUGUACCUUCGGCCCGAUGGCGUGUUUAUGAUACGACUGCUCAGCAAAAACACGAAUAGUAUUAUAGUUUCAGAGCUAGUGGCCCAAUUAUGGGAUAACUAUGUCCAGAAACCACAUCACCACCACCACGCAAUAAAUAUAUCGGCUAAUAACCCAGUCAGUAAUACCAACAAUGCUAAUCCAGGCGUGAAGAAGUCCAUAGGGCUUCACAGUAAUCAGGAAAAUCUUCCAUAUAUGGCAAGAAAAACGAACCCUUACGACUCGUCAUCCAAUCGGAAGGUGAUCACUGCUCCCCAAUACCCCCCGACAGAGCCGGCCCAUUACGGCAGCAGCAACACAUAUCAGAGACGCCUCGGCUCCCCAGACGGAAGUGUAGUGGACGUGUGAAUGGAAACAACACAACACACCAUUAACUAUUUCAUCCUUUAUAACAAUUAACCUAUCUCUCUAACUACCCCCCCCCCUUAUAUGUUAAU